CAUGCGUGCAGCAUCUACUGUUAACUCAGAACUAGCUGUGUGUAAGGAGUUGGCCAAAGCGAAGUAUGCCAAAAAGAUAUGGCUACAAUUUCAAGGAAGGAACUUUGCACAAUCUGUAGCAUAAAGCUGACACUCAAACAUGACUGGAAUUUGAUUGUGGGGAGAAGUCGCAACCUGCAAAAUGAGAUCGAAGAUCUGCCUUUCGAAGUGGAGAACUCGACAAGGGAUUCAAGAUAUGUUUUUCACGUCUGUCGGGACCUUCUGCUCAGAAGAGAAAACUUCAAGGAUAAGAUUUUGGAUGUGGAAACAAAAUUACGCUCCAAGCUUUCUGCCUCACCAGAUAUUGACAUGACGGUGCCUCCAACAAUGAGUUUUGCCCCUGCCCUUACCAGUACACCAACAGGACACUGCCCACCCCCACCAAAUAAGAGAUUAGCAUUGGGCAGUGAUUGUCUUGCCCGAAAUAUUAUCAAGUCAUGCUCUGAUGAAGGUCAAGGAGGCCCUCAAAGGAAAAUGUCAAAAUCGGUCAAAGCAAUAAAUUUUGGAGGAAGUGGCCAGACACAAGUUACUGUCAGAGUGAAUUGGAUAAGCGAAGUGAAAAAAAGAAAGCUGCCCCAUGACUUGGCAUCAUUAGGAAAAAUGCUGUCUCAUGGAAUUUACAAACAGAUAGCCAAUGCCGCUUGGAGGCAUGACAGAAUUCGCGGAGCCUUGACUGGAUUCAUGCUUAAGGAAAUCACUAAGAAUGCAGGGCUCUAUGUUGAAAAGGGUCUGAGGGAAAAAACAAAAAAGCAACUAAAAAAAUUUUCAGAUGCACAAGCAAGGAGGAUGUUGUCAGUUUCCAGUUUGAGAAAAUGAAGGAAUUGAUGGUAAACAAGGCACCACUUUUUUGGCACAUUUUGCAAGCUGCUGCUCUAAGGCAUAGGAAGAACCCAUCAGAAAGCUCCUACCUGACUUCAUGUGUUUGUAUGGCAGCUUCUGUUUGCCUCAAAAACAGAUCACCAAAAAUGACAAUAUUGCAGUUGCUCAUAAGCAUAAUUAUGCAACACUCUGGAAAUAUGGUAAUUGUUGUGUUUAGAAAACUGAAAGACUUUAAACUUCUAGACCUUUAAAGUUUUAUAUUUAGAAUGAUUCUUCAGCCCAUCUCAUUUUAGUGGUAUGCCCUGGGUGCAGCACCAAAACAGUGAUGAAAAAUACAUUUAAGAUUAUAGGGAAAACUGCCUAAAAAUUCUCUAAUGAAAUGAAACAAUGUAAAAGGCCUCUUAAUUUCUCUUGAAACAACAGUAAAAGAUGCUUUUUAUGAGACAGUAAUAGCCUCUAGAUUGGAAGCUUAUGUGCUAGCAGUUUUCUUGUAUUUGCCUUGAAGAGCAGACUCAGAAAUUAAAGGCUUUGCGCCUAGUUGUUUCACACCAUUUUCUUUACAAGAAACUGGAAGAAUUUGGCAAAAAUCACGAGUCGUUCCUUAAGGAUCAAGCAUCCAAAACAUCUUUGGACAGAAAAGUGGUGGUAGACAAUUUUUUAUUUCAUAACAAAGGACCAUUCCAUGACAGAGGGUCACCAGAAUCAUAAUGAACAUCGGGUGUCAGUGGCAGCAGUUGAAAACAGGAUUCAUGCUGAUAGUCUGUCCACUGAGUGCCCAAUGAAAACUGGGACUAUCAACAUGGAAAAUCUAAUGGCGCUUCCAAAUAUCGCUAAUCACAAAAAGCAACGUAAGAAUUAUAUUGAUUUGUGUGGCAAGAUUGCUUGUGCCAGUAUCAAAUGUCUUGAAAAGUUUAAGGAUGUUGCUGUUCAUCAUAUAAAGCAUGCAUAUUCUGCUCAGGCAAGAAGGGGAACAGACACUAAAUUUGUUGGAAUGAUUUAUACAAACUCAAAUGAAUCAGCAGAGAUGGAGGAAAUAAUGAAGGAAAUUCACUCAAAGUAUGUCCCUUGCAAUGAUGGGAAAUGCAGUUCGCUUGCAACUGUUGGUGAUCAAGGAACUGUUGAAAGAGGAGUGAAUGUUUUGCUACAGUUGAGUAAUGGCUUUGACGAAGUUGAAUGGCUUGAUGGCUUACAGUUGGAAGUUGGAGAUUUUCAUGCAGGAAUGAAGUUUUUGCAAUUUGGAUAUGACCAAUUCUAUAAUGCAAAAUCAGUGAUGGACAAGUGCACAAUCUUUAGUGAUAGAACUCUUGUAAACCGCCGAAAUGUUGUCACUGAUGUGUCAAAGCGCUUUGAUGCAAAUAAGAAGUUUCUUUUGCUUGAAGUCCAUGCAAGGAUUGUUGCUGCAUUUUUAGUGAUUCUUGGCAUAAAGGAUAUAGAAGAGCAACCAUCAGAGGGGAUCUUACCAAAGUAUAUUUGUAGCAAAUCCAAAAAGAGAGAAUAUUUCCAUGGAUUAUGCAGCAGGGUUGCAGAUGAAUAUGUAUUGAAUGCCGAUAAAAAUGGAGAUCUCUUGAAAAAACAAGCAUACUCAGAUUGGCUCAAAUCAGUGAAUCCCAAAACACAAGAUGGCCGCUUUGCUUGUAGAGAAGUGGGUUGUAGCAAGGCUUUUACUUUUGACGGCAAGGCAAGAUUAAAUAAUGAAAAAUCACAUCGCCUACAUAAAGGAAAAGAUGAAAUUGAAAAAAAGAACAGUGAUAUUGAUGCUAUGUUUAACUACCAAAGAUCACUUUUCGAUUUUGGUGCUAUUGUUCUAAACUUCUACGAUGCCAUUUCAGAGGGAGAUGGUGCACGACUUGUAAGGUGCUGGAAAUUUAUGCUCCCAUAUUUGAAAGCUGAUGGUCCGAAGAGUCGAAAGUAUGCUCUUGAAGCACUUUACCUCAUCAUUCAAGUUGAGGCUUUUCUUUCCCAGAAGGAUGCUCAUAGAUUGAUCUGGAAUAGAUUCCACAAAUCCAUAGAGAGUUGUGGUAGCAAUAUACCCAUGGAUUUGAUGAUAGAGCACAACAAGAAUUUCAUGAAGAAUGCAAUAAGGUCCUUGGGACCAAACAGCACAAAUAAAAAAGCAGUUGAUCGGAUUGCAAAAGCUGUGACAGUAACAAAAAAAUUAGUGGACAACUUGACCGUAGGUGUGAUAUCUAUAAAGGGUCAGGUAAGCACACUGAAACAUCAGCAAAGAAGGACUUAAAGAACAUUGUUCAAAACCUUAUGACAAGUGGUAGAGCUACAAGGUAUUUGAUGGAAUGCAAGAAUCUCUUCUAGAAGACUUUGAUUUGCAUGGUAUGUAUGCUUGGAUAAUGAAUGCAGCACAAAAAGAAGAUCAUGAUGAACAGGGCAAGAAGAUGACUUUGAAUGCAUCACAAAGCAUAAUUGUGUAGCUUCAGAAAUAUAACUUUCUUAAAAUACAACCAAAAUACAGUGGCGUAGCUAGCCAAAUAGCAGUGGUCAUGCCCUCCCUCAAAUUUGAAAAAAUAUGGGUGUGGUCAUAUUCUGCCACGCCCAAUUUUUUCAGUUGAUGAGUUCCUUUGGGAAAUUUUAAUUUUAAGGCUUGCAACUUAUAAAAUUUUUUUUGAUGAACCUUUGGAAGGAGCUUUUCUUAUUAUCUUGUUACACCAUAAAAUGACCUUUGUGUCUUAUAGCUGUGACACUGUUUUGGUUUGUUGGUAAUUUAUACAGACAGAGUUCUGACAAUUUCAAAACAGAACUGUACAAAAGACAUUAGAAAACAUUAGUUUAGUAUAGUAGAUAAAUUAAGCUUAAACAAAUUGUGUUAUUCUCCUAAUUUCUUUCAAUUUGCAGGCUGAAAUACAUUUGUAAAGUUUAGAGAUAAGCUAAAAUUUGUAAAUAAAACAAUAAAUCACAUGAAACUGAAUGGGAGCUUUUUGGUCAUAUUUUUCACAAAUAGUCUUAUUAUCAAUCUAUUGAAGGUAAUUUAAAGCCAUCACGAGUAACUACCAACCCGAAUAGAACUGAUAGAUGAAUAAAACAAAUGGGCAAAGGAAUAUGCAAUGUAAAUAUUGAUAUGAAAUAUAGGAAGCUAAAAUAAUGGAUAGGCCUAGUUGCAAAAUGUUUCCUGCAAAGUUAAGACUUAAUAGAAAAAUACCUUGCAAAAUAAGUUUAGCUUGAUAAAAACAUUUAUGUUUCCACAUAUACUUGUGGUAAACAUCCACAUGAUUGGAUUUCCUUACUAAAUCUAGCAAACAAGGGUUUUAAAUGAAAUAAUUUGAUCUUGUAAAUUUUCAAAUACAUGAAAAGUUAUAAAGAAAUAAAACUGUUUAACUAACAAGAUCAGUAACAUGCUUGACUUGUCGCUGGUCAUCUUAUUUAAA